AUGGCCAAUGUCCUCCGAACUUCUCCUUUAGGGGCAACUUUUGCACAACUUCCUUCCACUCUCUCGCCAAACUCCCCAAAACCUUCAUAUGUUUCGUUUAGACAAAGCCAGAGCGGCAGCAUACCUUAUCUCACUCUAAGCUCUCUCCGGUUCUCUCACUUGCCGUCCCUCCGGUUCGCCAAGUUCGCUCCUUUGGCUUCCCAAGGAGAAACCGAAACUACUGAGACCGUGGAGGAGGUUCGACAGCCCGAAGAGAUCGAGGACUCUUCAGAUGGUGCAGUAAGUGUGGAAGAUAGUACAAGCGACGAUGAAGAAAGUGGUACAAGUAAUGAUGAUGAAGGUGAUGCUGAGGAAAAACCUGUUUCAGCCAUCAUAGCAUCACUGCAAUUAUACAAAGAAGCUUUGGCCAGUAACGAUGAAUCAAAAGUAGCUGAGAUAGAAUCUUUCCUCAAAUAUAUUGAAGAUGAGAAAAUAAGUCUUGAAAAGAAAGUGGCCUCUUUGUCUGAAGAACUGUCAGCAGAGAAGGUUCGGAUUCUGAGGAUAAGUGCAGAUUUUGAAAAUUUCCGUAAAAGGACUGAUAGGGAACGUAUUUCUCUGGUAACAAAUGCUCAGGGGGAAGUUGUGGAGAGUUUGUUGCCCGUAGUAGAUAAUUUUGAGAGGGCUAAAACCCAGAUUAAGGUGGAGACAGAAGGAGAGGAGAAGAUCAACAAUAGCUAUCAGAGCAUUUAUAAACAGUUCGGAGAAAUCUUAAGCUCUCUCGGUGUUGUCCCUGUUGAGACAGUGGGGAAGCCCUUUGAUCCGUUGUUGCAUGAAGCAAUCAUGCGUGAGGACUCCACGGAAUUUGAAGAAGGUGUUAUAAUCGAUGAAUUUCGCAAGGGGUUUAAGCUUGGUGACAGGCUUUUGCGUCCGUCGAUGGUAAAGGUAUCAGCUGGUCCAGGGCCUGCCAAGCCAGAGCAGCAAGUUCCUCCUUCUGAAGAACAGGAUGCCAGUGAAACCACCAAGGAGGGCAGCACAGAAACAGAGUCAGCUUAA